AUGGUAGAGCUGUUCGGAGGCGUGUCAGUUGACAUUGCGAGGAAUGGCUGGGGUUCGCAGGUCGAAUCAUUUGAGGCGGCUCUGGAGGUUAAUGGCCUCUCUGACUCCGCAGUACCGUAUAUGGGCAUCUUCAUUCGUGCUUCGGUUGUCAUCGGGCUAGAUUCAAAUGCUGUAAUUCAAGUCAUUGCACGACUACCACCCAACUUAUUGCCAGAGCCGGUGGACGACGAGAAUGACCCACGAACUAUCGUUGCUCUCCGGGAAGGCCGACAUCUGCUGACGACUUUCCAUCCUGAGCUGACAAAAGACGAUCGGUUUCAUGACUACUUUGCACGACAGUGCGUGCUUCCUAGCCUAGAUACUCAGUAG